AUGCCCACGUACGAGCGCUGGGUCGACGCCCUCACCCGCAGCGCCGGCACCGAGUUUGACAGGUUCUACAAGCGCGAGCGCGGCAUCGGGAAGGGCCACUUCUCGCGCGUGUACGUCGCCUCGGAUAGGAAUACCGGUGAUAAGUUCGCCGUCAAGGUUAUUAAGAAGGACAAGAACGACCUGGAGAAGAGCAAGAAGUUUAUCAGGAGGGAGGUCAAGGUUCUGUCCGUCACAGACCACCCCAACCUGGUCAAGGCCGUCGACUUCUUCUCUGCGGCCGGUAAGCCGCACAUCGUCCUGGAGUAUGUCUCCGGCGGCUCGCUGCGCGACUUCAUCCGGGCGCGCAAGCGUCUGUCGGAGGAGAACGCCCGCCCGGUCCUGCGCGGCAUCCUCAGCGCCAUCGCCUACAUGCACGACCUCAACAUUGUCCACCGCGACAUCAAGCCGGAGAACAUUCUCAUGGAGCGCCCGGACCUGCCGAAGAUCACCGACUUUGGCCUGGCCACCUUCUGCAACGAGGACAAGAACAUCCACUCCGUCGUGGGCACCCCGUCCUACGUCGCCCCCGAGAUCAUCCGCAACGUCCCGUAUGGGCCGCCCGCCGACGUAUGGUCGUGCGGCAUCGUCCUCUACUUCAUGCUCUCCGGCGAGCGCCCGUUCACCGGCGACACGAGAGAUGACAUCAAGCGCGCAGUGCUCGCCGGCGACUUGCGCUUUCCCAGCCAGCUGUUCGGCGCAUGCACGCCGGAGAUUAAGCACCUCAUUAACUCCAUGCUCGCGUUCGACCAGCGCAAUCGCAUCUCCGCACGCGAGGCCCUCUCGCAUCCGUGGCUGUCUAGAUGAGGCCGCGCAUGUCGGUGUGCUUGAUGUAUGUAUACAUUCGUCAUUCGAGAGCCGCAUGCCGGCAGAGCGCGCGCCUUAUAUGGCUUGCGCUAUUCUUCCUCGCGGCUUGGUAGUAGUAACAGUUUUGUUUGUGGAGGGGCGGAUGGGGGAUUUGCGUGCAGAGGCCAGGCGUAGUGUUGUUUUUGCGGUGGGUCGCUGACGGUUAACAUGGCGUGUCCUAGCAGUUUGGUGCUGUUUCCGUGCUGUGGUUUAGGCUACCAGUAAGGGGAUGAAAGCAUACAACUCGUGUAAUUAAAUGAAGGAGGACGCUUUUAACUAAAACUUUAUCUCGGCAUGGAUGCGAGAGGGCGUGGGAAUACGCGUUCGAUCUA